GAGAUCCUCGAAUGGCUCGCGCGCGACCAAGGACCAGGACGCCACCAUGAGAUCCAAGGACGUCGAACGCCCGGAACGGGCAAAUGGAUCUUCGCUCAAUGGCAAUUCAGACAAUGGCUCGAUACCUCAACGAAUAUUUUGUGGUGCAUUGGCGGACCAGGGUCUGGAAAGUCGACGUUGAUGUCGUUUGUCAUUGAUGAGAUCAAACAGUCACACACCGGUCCCGAUGCUGGUGUUGCGUAUUAUUAUUGCGACUAUCGAAUGCGGACUUCGCAGCCAAUGGUGCUCGUACUCGGGUGCAUGAUCAAGACUUUUGCCGAGCACCUGGACAGUCUUCCACAAUCUCUCAAUGCACUAUACGACAAGUGCCGGCGAGAGAAUCGGCAGCCCGUUGUCGCAGAGCUUGAGGUCAUCAUGAACGAUAUUUGCGGUCUGUUCAAAUCCCCCUUUGUUCUGAUUGAUGCAUUGGACGAGUUUAGCCCCGCUGAUAUGACGCAAACGAGACAUCUGGUCCGCCUCCUGGACAAGCUUGCUCGGAAUGGCGCACGCGUCUUCGUCACAAGUCGAUCAAGACCUGAGCCCCUGUCCGCAGAGAACAAUGUUGUACUAGAAUAUACAGCGGAUAGCGAAGACGUCCGAUCGCAUGUUUUGUAUGUUCUUAGGUCCGACGACAUGAUGAUAGACCUCUUAGAUCAGCAGCUCGAAGAAGAGAUAUGCAGCACGAUUGUCAUUCAAGCAGGUGGAAUGUUUCUGUUGGCAGUCCUUCAUCUUCAGAACAUUCGUGACCAGGUCAGUCGAGCUGGUAUUCGCAAAAGCCUGAAGACACUCAGUAGUGACCUGGGUGGCGCCUAUGACAAAUCCUUCGACGCCUUGUCCCACCAGUCCGCGGCACGAAAAGAGCUUGCGCUCCGUGCCUUGCGCUGGGUGGCUUGCGCCUACCGCCCACUCAGUGCACUGGAGUUGCGACACGCUUUGGCAACCGACGAUGAGAUUUGGGAUUGGGAUAAGGUAUCCCCUCUCAGGCUCAUAAUCAGUAGCUGCUGCGGAUUACUGUCGGUGGACGGAAUGGAGGAUCACGCACAAGUACGGUUGGUGCAUCAUACCUUGCAGCAGUAUCUUCAGAGUACCCAGCCGGACUGGUAUGCCAGAGCCCAUACAGUCAUCACUCAGACGUGCCUACAAUACCUUUUGCUGGAGGCACUAAAGACACCUGAAAUUCAAGGCGAGAUAUUUAUUCUCGUUGGAUAUGCGAAGGACUGCUGGGGCUUGCAUGCUGCAUUGGCGCUUUUGGAAGAGUAUGUGAAUUUGGCCAUGCGUCUGUUCAACGACCAGCCACGGCUGAAGUUCCUGUUCGCCGAGAACGAACGCAUUCAUGGGCUGCAUAUAGCCUCUGGUUUUGGGCUUACGGAGCUUGUGCAUUAUAUGGCAGAAUGUGGUCAUGAUGUUGAGUGUUUCGACACUGGGUCUCAGAGCCCUCUUCAUCAUGCCUGUGCGCACAAUCAUCCGAACACAGCCCUCGAGUUGAUCAAGCUCGGUGCCAAUGUCUCUCACGUAACACCCAAGCGUGACACCGCGCUGUUUCUGGCCGUCGGAACUGGGAACCUGGAGUUAGUCAGAGUUCUCCUGGAUAACGGUGCACCGCCUGUCAACGCCCGGACACAAAGUGGCCAAACACCGCUCCAUCAUGCUUGUAGGAAAGGGGACGAGGACACGGUGCGGUUACUUAUCAAGAACGGAUGUGAGAUCCGGGCCACAGACAGCAAGUACUGGCAACCGCUUCACACGACCGCGGAUGCCGGCCACGAGCACAUCGUCCGGAUCUUGUUGGAGCAUGGUGCCCUCAGUCGGUACAAUGACUUGCAGUGGACAACUUUCCAGGACUUUGCGGCCCUGCGUGGACAUCACAAUCUGGUGGAGUUGUUUCGGGAACUGAGGUAUUCGCGGAGGCCUUAUGGUAAGUAG